UGUCGUCUUAGUUAUCACAAUCACAUUGUGUAACUGUAAGAUACCAUAAGGUUAUUAAGGAGUUAAGUUGCAUUCGUGUCUUUGUACUUUAAUUUGAAGGCUUCCUUUUUAUUUUGAAGGUACUUUAAGAAGCCCCACGGUCAAAACGAAACUUAAGAACUCCUUUUGUGGCGUAGGCGUAAGGAUUAUGCUUAUAUUUAUAUAAGUAUAUUAUACCGGUGUAUAUGAUAAUAGUUUUUAGCGAUAGUGUUGGUCGCGCCCUGAACAUCAUUCUAUUUGUAACAAUAGACUAGGUAUCUGACCGAAUGAGGAGUCCGUGAAGGCAGCGGUGUUGCUCUUGAACGCAUCUCACCACCAUUUCUCCAACACCCUCAGCAGAUAAACAGCUUUUUAGACGAACGGAACCAACUGACACCGAGCGUCAGGUCACGAUGACGAGCCUCCAACUGAGCGCGAAGGACGAGAUGGCGGAGAAGCUUCUCGACGCUGCAGCUCGAGGAGAUGCGGCCCAGGUUUCCACUCUGCUGAGCCACGCCCCCUCCCUCAUCAACCAGACCGGACGCAGCGGCUGGACGGCGCUGAUGUUUGCCGCUCGCAACGGACACCGCCACGUGGUGGAGGUGCUGCUGGCUCGCGGCUGUGACAAGUUGUCGGUGAACACGUCAUCGCAGAGCGCUUCCGACAUCGCCAAGUUCUGGGGACACAAACGCAUCUGCACCCUGCUGAACGGAGCGCAGGGCGCCGUCCGGCAGCAGGAGCAGCUGAGUGUGAGGAGGACAGACGGGAUGUGGCUGGAGGCCAAGCAGAGACAGCCCGCCUCCGUCUACCUGCUGUUCUCCAGCCUCAGCCCGAUGCUCCGCGGCUCCCAGGACCCGGGUCCGUCCAGUCUGUGUCGCUUCGGGUACGAAGCGGUGAAAGACCUGCUCCAGAGGCCGGCGGCCGUGCUCAUCUUCCUGGGUGUGGAGAAGCGGCGGGGGGCGGAGGCUGCGUGGGACCCUCCCGCCUGGUUUGCUGUGGCCACCGACGAAGAUGCUGCGGAACUUCUGAAACGCUCUGAAGACAAGAAGUGCUUCUUCCCAAAGACGCCGAACAGAGAGCUGCUGCAGCUGAGCGAGGACGAGGCCGGGGUGGUGGCCCAGGCCCGGGCGCUGUUGGCCUGGCACAGCCGCUACGGCUUCUGCCCCACAUGCGGCAGCAGCACCAAGCUGGAGGAGGGAGGACACAAGAGGAGCUGCCUGAACCCCGACUGCAGGAGCCGGAGCGGAGGUCACAACACCUGCUACCCCCGAGUCGACCCGGUGGUCGUCAUGCUGGUGGUCCAUCCUGAUGGAAACCAAUGUUUACUGGGAAGGAAGAAGAUCUUCCCAGUUGGCAUGUUCUCCUGUCUGGCUGGAUUCAUAGAGCCUGGUGAGACCGUGGAGGAUGCCGUGAGGAGGGAGGUGGAGGAGGAGAGUGGUGUGAAGGUGGGCCCGGUUCAGUACGUGUCCUGUCAGCCCUGGCCCAUGCCCUCCCAACUGAUGAUCGGCUGCCUGGCCGUCGCUGUGUCAACCCACAUCAAAGUCGAUGAGAAUGAGAUUGAGGAGGCUCGUUGGUUCCCACGGCAACAGGUGGUUGACUCGCUGUUCAGAGGAGUCUGUACGAGCCUGAGCAUCCCUCCCAGACAGACCAUUGCCCACCAGCUGAUCCGAUACUGGAUCGGCAUGAACUCUAACCUAUGACCUUUAGUCGUAUGGCUCAGGUUUGUAGAGUGCCAGCGCUUGGACGGGAUCCAUGAUGUCUACACGUCAGCUAAACCUCAAAAACAAUUGAAAUCACGUUUUCAUGACGUUAACUUGUCCGGUGGCUGAGGUUCAGCACAUUAAAGUUGGAUUCUUGA